AUGACGAAGGAAGUGACAAAUGCAAGCAAAACCUUUAUUCAGAUAAUCCGGAAUUACGAGGCUGAGGACAUCUCAUGCGAGAUCAUAGUAAACAAAUUAAAUGUACAUUGGGAUGACGUUAUAGGCCUAGAGGAAUGUAAAACCGCUGUUAAGGAGGCCGUUGUGUAUCUCCUUAAGUAUCCUAUCUUUUUUGAUGGCCCGUUUUCCCCCUGGAAAGGUAUUUUGCUGUACGGCCCACCUGGUACAGGGAAAACGAAGUUAGCGAAGGCAGUCGCGACAGAAUGCCAUUGCACCUUUUUUAACAUAACUGCCAGCUCAUUGGUCAGCAAAUGGAGAGGCGAUUCCGAGAAGUAUAUACGUGUAAGUUGCUUUGUCUAUGUUUUAUUUGAACUUGCCUAUAGUCAUUCGCCUACAAUUAUUUUUAUCGACGAGAUUGACUGGAUCGCCACAAAUAAAGGAGACUGUAUAUUGUCUGAACCUGCAAAGAGGUUCAGAUCAGAACUUCUUUCUAGAUUGGAUGGAUUAGUGUCUAAUGAGAAUUCUAAUGUAGUUCUUCUGGCUACAACUAAUUCCCCUUGGGGCAUUGAUGCAGCUUUACUCAGGCGUCUCGAAAAGCAAAUAUACGUAUCAUUACCCAAUGAAGUUGCUCGACUUGGUAUAUUCAAAUUAUACCUUAGCAACCACUUAUUAGAAAAUACAGAUAUUGUAAACCACAUAGUAAAAUGUACUGAAAGAUAUUCUUGUGCAGAUAUAAAAUUGCUUUGUAAGCAAGCGUGGCUACUAGAAAUAAGCCCGAUAUGGAGGAGACUUGAAAAGAAAGAAACACCUGUUACCACUUUGAAAUAUGAAUUAAAAAGUUAUGAUACGUGGAACAAAUAAAUACGCAAUCGUAAGGACAGAUAUUGAAAAAUAUAAAUAAAUGGAUUAUCGUUCGAGAAAUCAC